AUGGAAGAUGAAAUUGACAAGUUCUUUGACAAAGUGUCUUCUAAGAUGAAAGGGGUACGGGUUAGCCCUAACUUCAGGCCAUCUUUAUCAUGCGUAACCGAGCCCUGGAGCAGAGCCUUUGCUAAAGUUGGCUUGACCCUUCUGGGUUUCUUUCUCUGGGGAGCUGCUGUGGCCCUCCUGUUUGGUGGUGCCUUCGUGAUCCUUACCUAUGAGACCUAUCGGCCCUUCUUCCAGAACAAAUUCUUCCUUGUGCCCGGCUGGUUGGCUAUCGGGGCUGCUCUUCUGCUGUUCCCCGCUGGGGCGUUGGCGAUGUGCACCCCACUUAAGAAUUCUCGCCAUCAGCAGGGUGCCUUGAUGUACUUGUUACUGGUCCUGCUCUGCUUGGAAGCAUCUUCGGCAGUUAUGACCCAGAUCUACUCUGCCAGGGCUGGUCAUCAACUGAAAAACAGCAUGGGGUGUUUCUUUCUCCGGUACAACCAGACCGUUCCCAGUCUCUGUGGCAUGGAGGCUGUCAAUACCAUCCAUAAGCAAUUGAAGUGUUGCGGGCUCUACAAUUAUACUGACUGGAUGGUGCCGCUUCCAAACCAUCUCCCGACCGGGCGUGCCUUUGCCCCGGAAACCUGCUGCAAAGAGACUUAUUUGGAUUGCAAUGGUGAUGUAAAUCAGCCAGAAAAGCUCUUUAACGAAGGCUGUCUCCAAAAGCUGGAGGAAAGGCUGCAUUUUGUCAUGCACUAUCUGGCGUGGUGUUGCCUGGCGGUAGGAUGCUUGGAGAUGCUAGCUGCUAUCAGCAAUGGAAUACUUAUGAAGGAGCAGCCGUUCCAAGACUUCCGAAUUCUUGAUUCUGCAGCUUUCUCGUAA